AUGCCAAUAAUCCUAAAAUUUAAUCAUAUAUACAUAUCUUUGUAAUAUUUAGUUCAUCUUGCCAUAAAUGCUUAGAAAUUCCAAUAAUUAUAUUAUAUAAAUGAUCCUUAGAAUUUAUUAAAAUAAAGAGUUAAAUUCUCAAUUAUAGGAGAUAAUAUGGAACAAAUAGUUAUACUAUCUGGUGAAUAAAUAAUUACUGAAAAAAGUAUUAAUAAUAUUAUUAAGACAAUAUUGAAAUUAAAAAUAAAAGAUCAUAUUUUAUUAUUAAAAAUUAAGAGACCAUUGUAAAUAUUAGCAAAGAGAAUAUUGCUUAUGGUGGUAUAAGUGCUUAAACAGUGAAAGCGAAAGUCUUGGAUGCUGUUAUUUUUAUUAAUUAUAUUAACAAAGAAUCAUCAAUGACAGCAGCUGAUGAUUUUAUCAAAGUUGCACCAAUUACUAAAUUCUAAUCAAAUUAUUAAAAGAUAGUCUUUUCAAGUGAUCUAAUGAAACGACAAUUAAUCUUUUUGAAACUUGAGGAAACAGUGAUUGAUAAAGAUCUUGGAAAUGGAGAAUAAAUUAUUGUAUAAAAGCAUUCAAUUUUUGGUAUGCAAGAUUUUGUUCUUUAAACCAAAGGAUAAAACUAGAAUAACGUUUAUUGGGUCAGGUAAAUAAUUAAAAUAAGAUUAUGGUUGAAAACAAAAAUAAUUUUGUAAUUUUCAUUUCCAUUUAAUUCCAAUAAAAAUAGGCAAUAGUAAAUUGAAAUAAAACUGACAAAUUAAAUUUACUAGGUAGAAUUUUUUUUGAUAUCAAUAAUUAAUUUAUGA